AUCCAAUUCGUCUCAGUUCACCUGAUUUCUAAGCCUAGCUGCAAAAAUGAAACUUUUCAUCACAUUGUCCGCCCUGUUGGCCGUGGCUGUAGCUAUCGACUAUCACCAUGUAGAACACAAACAUAUUCCGAUUGUCCACAGUGAAUCGUACCACGGACAUGAUGGAAGCUUCAAGCACGGUUACGAAUCGGCCAACGGAAUAUCCGUUCAAGAACAGGGCUACGUUAAGAACUCGGGAGCAGGCAAGGAUCACGAAGCGAACGUUGUUCAUGGAUCAUACUCGUACGUUGACCCACAUGGUGUUCCAGUAUCCGUGAGCUACACCGCCGAUGAAAAUGGAUUCCAAGCCCAUGGAUCGCACAUCCCAACACCUCCUCCGCUACCCAAAGCAUUGGUUGAAGCUUAUGCUAAAGCCGGUAGCCACCCGGAGGAUCACAGCGAAGUACAUUACAGCAAACCAGAGGUCUACAAACAUUACUAAGCCCGAGUAGAUCACGGCUCAAAUCUGCGAUUAGUGCUGUAGUUAUAAUUGAAAACGUUUGGCCCUAAAAUAGUGCAUCAUAGUCAAAACAUCAAAGUGUAAAAGACUGCCGAAACUCCGUCAGUUCUCAAUGU